AGGCAAGAGGAGGCCGAGCCCCGCGGGCGAGCCAAGCGCCCUCCCCCGGAGAGAUCCGACGCCGUCUCCGCCCGCCCGCCCAGGAUGGCUCCGUUACUGUGGUGGCCCUUCUUGCCCCUUCUGCUGCUGGCGGGCCUGCCCGCCUACUCCGAUUCCUUGGCCGUGAUGUCUGUUGACCUGGGCAGUGAGUCCAUGAAGGUAGCGAUCGUCAAGCCUGGGGUGCCCAUGGAAAUCGUCUUAAACAAGGAAUCUCGGAGGAAAACCCCGGUGACCGUGGUCCUGAAGGAGAACGAGCGCCUCUUUGGUGACAGUGCUUUGGGAAUGGCCAUCAAGAACCCGAAGGUGGCAUUCCGGUAUUUCCAGGAUCUUCUGGGCAAGCAUAUUGAUAACCCCCAAGUGGCAGUAUACCAGUCGCGCUUCCCAGAGCAUGAGCUGGGGAAGGAUGCAAGAAGGGGGACAGUCACCUUCAAGCUGUCAGACAAAAUGCAGUAUUCUCCAGAAGAGAUCCUGGGCAUGGUCCUGAACUAUUCUCGGACGCUGGCUGAGGAGUUUGCAGAACAGCCCGUCAAGGAUGCUGUAAUCACUGUCCCUGCCUACUUCAACCAGGCGGAAAGGAGAGCUGUCCUGCAUGCAGCAAAAAUGGCAGACCUCAAGGUUUUGCAGCUCAUCAAUGACAACACAGCUGUGGCUUUGAACUAUGGAGUAUUCCGAAGGAAAGACAUCAAUGCUACAGCCCAGAAUAUCAUGUUUUAUGACAUGGGAGCAAGCAGCACCGUGUGCACCAUUGUGACCUACCAAACUCUGAAAACAAAGGACUCGGGGACUCAGCCUCAGUUGCAGAUCCGGGGUGUUGGGUUUGAUCGCACAUUGGGAGGGCUAGUGAUGGAGCUGCGCCUUCGAGACCAUUUGGCCAAACUCUUCAAUGAGCAACAUCCAUCAAAGGAUGUCCGGAAAAACCUCCGGUCCAUGGCCAAGCUACUGAAGGAAGCCAAUCGCCUGAAAACGGUGCUGAGUGCCAAUGCUGACCACAUGGCCCAGGUCGAGGGCUUGCUAGAUGACAUUGACUUCAAGGCCAAGGUUUCACGGCAGCAGUUUGAGGAUCUGUGUUCCGACUUGUUCCAGCGGGUUGCAGGACCUGUGCAUCAGGCGCUUAGCAGUGCUGAGAUCAGUCUGAAUGAAAUUGACCAGGUGAUCCUAGUUGGUGGUGCCACUCGCGUGCCAAAGGUGCAGGAAUUUCUGCUAAAAGCUGUUGGCAAGGAUGAGCUGGGCAAGAACAUCAAUGCAGAUGAAGCGGCAGCAAUGGGUGCCGUCUACCAGGCAGCUGCCCUGAGCAAAGCCUUCAAGGUGAAGCCCUUCAUUGUUCGUGAUGCGGCUGUCUUCCCUAUCCAGGUGGAAUUCACCCGUGAGGUGGAAGAGGAAGAUAAAUCCAAGAGUCUGAAACACAACCGGCGGAUCCUGUUCCAACGAAUGGCUCCGUACCCCCAGCGCAAGGUCAUCACCUUCAACCGCUACACAGAUGACUUUGAGUUCCAUGUCAACUACGCAGAUAUGGGCUUCCUGAGUGAGAGUGACUUGCACAUUUUUGGGUCCUUGAAUCUCACACGGGUGAAGCUGCACGGUGUAGGUGAGAGCUUCAAGAAGCAUUUGGAUUAUGAGUCCAAAGGCAUCAAGGCUCAUUUCAACAUGGACGAGAGUGGUGUGCUAAGCCUCGAUCGUGUAGAAUCUGUGUUUGAGACUUUGGUGGAGGACAAGCCGGAGGAGGAAUCCACGCUAACAAAGCUUGGAAACACAAUCUCCAGCCUCUUUGGAGGAGGCAGCCCUGUUCCAGAAGCACCAGAAAAUCUGACUGAGACAGUUCAGGAGGAAGAGGAGAGCCAAGCGGAACCAGGCAAGGAGGACCAGAAGGAUGAUCCAGGGGCAGCUAGUGAGGAGGGGGAAAAACAGCCAUCGCCACCCCCGACUGCGGAAAACACUGCUGGAGAUGCUUCUGCAGCAGAAGACCAGCAAGAGGGUGGAGGAGAGAAGCCCGACUCCCAGGAAGCCCAAGGGAAGCCAGGGACUGAGAAGCAGGAGGAGCCUGCAAAGAGCCCUGAGGGUAAUGGUGGCAAAGCAGCAGCCGAGGAAGAGGAGGAGGAGAAAAAGCCAAAACCUCCGAAGAAGCAGAAGCUGGUGGAGGAGAUCACGGUGGAGCUGGAUGUGAACGACGUGCCGGAGUUGCUGCCCGAAGAGCUGCAGGACUCGGUCAAGAAGUUGCAAGACUUGACGGAAAGAGACCUGGAGAAGCAGGAGAGGGAGAAGUCGGCCAACAGCCUCGAGGCCUUCAUCUUUGAGACCCAGGACAAGCUCUAUCAGGAGGAGUACCAGUUUGUUUCAUCUGAGGAAGAGAGAGAGGAAAUUUCCAAGAAGCUGAGUGAAGUUUCCAACUGGAUGGAAGAGGAGGGUUAUACAGCCACAACUAAGGAGCUGAAGGAGAAGCUCUCUGAACUGAAGAAACUAUGCCGGAGCCUUUUCUUUCGUGUGGAGGAGAGAAGGAAAUGGCCGGACCGUCUGGCUGCUUUGGAAAGCUUGCUCAAUCACUCCAGUAUCUUCCUGAAGGGAGCUCGGAUGAUUCCAGAGGUGGAUCAGAUAUUCACAGAGGUGGAGCUAAGCACCUUGGAGAAAGCUAUAAAUGAGACAGCGUUGUGGAAGAAUGAGACUCUGGCAGAGCAGACCAAGCUGUCGCCCACUGAGAAGCCCACUCUGCUUUCCAAAGACAUUGAGCUGAAGAUUGCAGCCCUGGACAGGGAGGUGCAGUACCUCCUCAAUAAGGCCAAGUUUGCAAAGCCGAAGCUCAAGAAGAAAGAGAAUGCAACGAAAACAGAAGCGGACAAGAAUACCACUGUGCCUCCUGAGAGGGAAAAGGUCAUUCCUCCCAAGGAGGAGAAGCAAGCAGGAGCAGAAAAAUUAGAAGAUGCCAGCCCAGCCAAAGAACCACCCACAGAGGAGAAAGCACCACUGGAUAAUGAAUUGGGACCAGACACAGAUUCACAGACAGACAAGAGGUCUGAAACAGGAGAAGACACCAGAACCAAUGAUGAAUUAUAACAUUUUCUCAAAUCCCCCUGUGCAUCAACAUCUAUUUAUUUACAGUUAACUCCGUUGUUUUAAUAAUGGACCUGGUUAGUGGAACAUGGCACAGACUGACAACAACAUGCAGUGGGUGUUUGUUUUUUGCUGGGAAUUUCCUUGUUGCUGAUUUUGUGUGUUGUCCUGCCUCUUUACUUCCUUUGUUUAUAGAUGACUUUAAACUCACUUAGAAACACUUGCUGUUUUUGUCCGCACUCUCCCUGGAAUUUCCACUUCUGACUGGUAGAUUAAAUUUGCCUGAAACUGUUCUAGGAAAAGACACUUGGCAUAAGUGUUCUAGGCUAUGCCUUAUCUUGUGAAGAGCAGUGUACGUUACUGUGUCUGCAACUAUUCUCCCUGCAAAUGGAAAUAACAAGUUGGAAUCUUCUGCUUCAGCCUCAUAACGUUGUUACUAAGAUGUAUGGACAAGGCCUGGGUGAGCAUUUCCUUUAUGUUCUUAAUCUACGGCUGUUGAUGCCAGUUUUGUCUUCGGGCCUCUGUGCAACAGAAACUGAUAAAACAGAAGUGGAAUGUAAAGGAAGUAGAUAAUACUCAAAAGGAAAACAAAAUUGCUGACAUAAUUGUUAUAAUCCACACCCAAAGUCAGGUUCUUAAUACCUAGACAUAGACUAGCAGGUGUGGCCAUUGACAAGGCAGUAAGGGACACUAGCACACAUCCCAACUUUCCAUCAACAAUUAUUGACUGUGACCAAAAAAAACCCCUAACAUCAGUUAAUUUAAGGAGCCCUGAAACUAUGCUGUUGUAAUAAAAGGGGAGUUGAUGUAUCCAACCAAAAGAA